UUCAACGCCACGAAGGGCUGACACAAGCGUCCCGGGACGAGGGAGGAAGAGCAACUCGCUGAGGAAAAGUAGGCUCUGGCCAAAUCCCGCGGGAACUGCCCUUCCCUCCGGCGGCGUUCCCUCCCCCACCUUGGUUGCCAAGGAGACCCGAGUCCUGGGCCGGCGGACUGCUACAGGCGGGGGAGGCCUACCUUUCCGCGGCCUGAGUCGACUGCUUCACCAGCCUCGCCGUCCGCCGUGCUCCGCAGCCGCGUCCGUCAAGCGCGACAGCGCACGGGCGGGCGAAGGCCUGAGAGACGAUGCUUAAGGUACAAGGAAAACCAUUUCCUGGGACAUCUGAAUUGUAAUUCAAGCUUGAGUUACUACAGUGAAGGGGCAAACAUGCUUGACCCCGCCAGUAAAGUGGAGUUUUCGGAAGAAGAAACUACCGAGGAGAUCUCCCAACUCUCUUAUCUCCAACUCUCUUCCCUGGCACUGUCAGGGGACACAGCAUACAGCGAAAAAACCUCAACUGGUUUGCCCGAAAAAACUGGCUAUCCGGACUCCGUUUACAUUAUGGCAGCGAACAUUUUUCAGGGCAUUCGAUUCGAAAACUCACCAGAGAAGGUCUUAAUAAAGUAUGGGAAUGAGCCCCUGCCGUCCUCCACCGAGUCUGAGGAUGAAUCCUUUCAGCGUUUGGCCUAUGAGCUGGCUUUCAGUGCCCUGAAGUUUCAAGAUAUUUUGGAAACUAUGUUAAUAGACAGCUAUAUCUUCCCAAGCACCAUAAUACCAGAUCAUUUGAACAGUCUUAUCAUUGUGAUGCUGUAUGAUUUCCAAGAUAGAAAAUUUCAAGCUCGUCUCAUUUCUGAUAAUGAAGAGUCUGUAGCGGAAGUUCUAGAAGUAGAGAACCUUCUUAACAGUUUUAAGACAAAAUUGGCUGCGGCAUUGGCAAGAUGUCGAAUCAAACAUGAUGCCCUUUCAAUUUACCACAUUCUUCCAGAAAGAGUUAGGAACCAGGAACUAAGGGCCUCAACUUUGCCACUUUAUGCUUGGAUAAAUACGUGUAAAAUCAGCCCUGAAGAAGUUUAUCAUAGUUUGAAGAAAAAAGGCUAUAAUAAAGUCAAAUCUGUGUUGCAUGUUCAUAAUAAAGUCUUUGCUGUGGAUCAACAUUGCUAUGAUGUCUUAAUUUUUCCAUCUCAUCUUAAAAGUGAUCUUCUAAAUAUAGAUCUUUUCAAAGAUUAUAAACUUGUAUUUCAGGACAAAUCUCGAAGUCUCGCUGUCCAUUCUGUGAAGGCUUUAUUAAAUAUGGAUGAUGAUAUCUUAAUGGUCAAUACAGGUUCGUGGUACACAGUUGCCCAUAUGUCAGUCUUAACAAAUAAUAAUGCCUCAAAAAUAUUUGUGUGUGGAGUACAAUCACAAGCUAAGGAUCCUGACCUGAAGAACCUUUUCACAAAAAUGGGAUGUAAAAAUAUUGAAAUACUUCACGAGACAUUUAUUAACCUUGAAUCAAAGGAUCAUAGGUUACAGAAAGUUAAAGUGAUUCUGCUGCUACCUCGUUGUUCAGGACUGGGUGUUAGCAAUCCAGUAGAAUUUAUUUUAAAUGAGCAUGAAGAUACAGGUUUACUUAAAGAUUUCUCUCAAGGAGGCCCAUCAGAAGAUAAACUUCAUGUUCUUGCUCAACAGCAAUAUGAACAGCUAACACAUGCAAUGAAAUUUACUAGAGCUCAAGCAGUUGUUUACUGCACAUAUUCAGUUUAUCCAGAAGAAAAUGAAGCUGUUGUUAAGAAAGCACUGGAAUUUCAAGACCACGGGACUAAAGUACAAUCUUAUAGGCUUAGUCCUCCUGUCCUUCCACUCUGCUCCUUAAAGGAAAUACAUUUGUCCACCGACAAAUUUUUCAGAAUGGAACCAUCUGAAAUUACCAAUGGUUGUUUUCUUUCGGUUCUAACAAGGGAGCGGGACCCAUCUGAGACAGUGUCUGUGAAAGAUGUUUUGGCCCGUGCUGCAGCAAAGGGUCUACUGGAUGGGAUCGAGUUGGGUAAACCUUCAAAAUGUGAGAAGAAGAAGAAAAAGUCAAAAAUGUCAUUGCCAAAAUCUUCCACUUCUGAUAGUAGGGGCAUCCAGAUGAAAAUUGCUGAGUUCCUGAGUCAAGAAACUAACGCAAGUGCUCAUCUGUCAGGGACGUUAACAACAAAAACAUCUCUUCCACAGAAGAAUACAAAUCAAGUGGGUUCUUCCUCACAGGUCAGAAAAUCCAACAAGCCCACCACCAAUCCUUUAGUGCCUACAUUUAUGAAGAACACACCUCCCUCCAGACCAUAUGAACGGACGACAAACUUUGUAAGACCUCGCCCAGAAGACAGAAUGAUUGCACUGAAACCCAUAGAGAUUGUUUUGCCUCCAGUAAUGAUGCCAUUUUCUAGUCCCCAAGGGAUCGGAUCUCAGAUACCAACUCAACAUUUUUACUGUCGUUGCGCUGGGCCCAAGACUGUCCUGCCUGGCUGUCUUCCCACACCAUCAAUACCAAGUAGAGGGAAAAAACAAGAAAACUUACCUUCCUCUCUACCCAGGCAUCCUCGACCAUGGCUUUGACUGUCUUGUGUUUUUUACAGGGGUCAAGAGUAGUAGGGUUUUUUCCCAAAGUCUGAUAUUUCUCUGAAGGUUAGACAUCCCUACACAAAAUACUCAUCCUUUUGGUCACUUAGUAUCUUCUAAAUGUGAUUAUUACCUUCAAGUGAAUUAAGACAAGUGAGAAUAAUGUAGGUGAGUUAAGCAAAGCAGAAUUCAGAGAGUUGAGUAGCUGGGUGCUGAUCUGUUUUAGAACGUUCAGUUGUAGACUCAGUAUCGGCUGUUAGAACUUGUCUCACUCUUGUUAACUUUCUGUCUGGACUUAGGACACUGGUUUUAAAGCUGCAACAAUUUUUCCUGAAGGGAAACACUGUGUGCCUUAGAACAGACUUCUUUUCAAAGUUAAAUUGUGAGGCAGUUUAUUUAGAAAGCAUAGGUUUGGAAAAGAUGCUCUUGCACGGACUAUAGAUUGCUUUUCAGUAUCGAGUCAGCUGUAGUUUAAAAUUUUCAAUCACUAUAGAGGUUGAUUUUUUUUUCCUUAAACAUUAAAAUAGGAGAUGUUAGGAGCUUUUGUAAUGUGAUUGAAGUUGAGUAUGAAUAGGAAGAACAGGAAGGUCCAAAGUUCUAGGUGUGAGUAGUUCAGCUGUCCAUUCACAGAGUGAAAACUGUUUCUCACUGGAAGAACCUCUAGGAUCCUGAGCAGACUGAACAUAAGCUUUCCCUUUUAACUAUUUAUGCCAAAUACUGUUGUAAAAAAAGUGACUGUAAGCAAAUUUCCAUCUAAAUAGUAAUUCUGAGGAAGAGGCCAAACUGCUGAAUACAAGUGACACCCCGAUUGUUGAAGAAAUCUAUACAAGUUUAUGAUUCAAAGAUCAGGUGAGAUGGUCAUUUCAAGUGGCACACAGUAAUCAAACUUUGGUAAGUCAUUUCUGAUGCUCAAUUAAAAUAUAUUGUAGCACUAUUUUAAUUAUAUUGAAAGUCAGUUCAUCUUGACUGUAUUAUCAAUUGCCUUCCAAGAACUGGUUAUGAUUAUCAUUUCUGGGUCUACUGAUUUUUUUUCAUCAUGGCAACAGAAAGUGACAUUAAAUCAAAUAUGUUACAACUGUAAAUCCUACUGUUUAAAAACAUGUUCAUAGACACAAAGAGUUUGAAUUUAAAGUUGUGUUUUCAGAAUCCAGUUGUGUUGAAUAGUGUUAAAUAAAUUCCUAAAUUUCAAUUCAGGUGGCAUGAUUUUAGUAGACUAUUAUCCUCUUCAAGAUGAAUAUUUAGGUCUAUUUCAGCUCUAAUAUUGUAUAAUUUUCUCACUUGAAGUGAGGGUAGAAAAGGGUGAAUUUCAUUGUAGCAGUAAUAAAUUUUUUUAACUGAAGAUUUACACUUACUAGUAAAAUGUCAGUGAAGAAAUGAAACAUGACUUUUUAUACUUGAA